UUCCUACCUGAAUUAUCUCGUCUAGCUUAUCCUUCGUAUAUAACUUCCUUAUCCCUCUUUUCCCCAAGGCCAAACAAACCCUAUCCCUGUUGAAAAAUGGCACCAAAAGCAGAGAAAAAGCCGGCAGAGAAGAAGCCCGCAGAGGAGAAGAAGAUGACGGUAGCGGAGAAAGCUCCGGCGGAGAAGAAGCCCAAGGCUGGCAAAAAGCUUCCCAAGGAAGGCGGAGCAGCGGCCGGAGACAAGAAGAAGAAGAGGGUUAAGAAGAGCACUGAGACCUACAAGAUCUAUAUCUUCAAGGUCCUCAAGCAAGUCCACCCAGACAUCGGGAUCUCAAGCAAAGCCAUGGGAAUUAUGAACAGUUUUAUCAACGAUAUCUUCGAGAAGCUUGCUCAAGAGGCUUCAAGACUCGCGAGGUACAACAAGAAGCCGACUAUUACUUCCAGGGAAAUCCAGACCGCUGUUAGACUUGUACUUCCCGGUGAGCUUGCUAAGCACGCCGUUUCAGAAGGGACCAAAGCCGUGACCAAGUUUACUUCUUCUUGAAAAGGAAAUUUGUUAUGUAGUUAGGGUUAGGGGUUUCUAAAGUAGAUCGCGUGGCUUUUUUACUUUCUCUGAUUUUAUGUGGUUGAUUUCUGCAUCUCUUUUUUUAGGAUUUGGUCUGUAAUUGAGGAUGGAUCUUCUCGAUCCGGAUGUGACUAUGGUAGAAUUGAAUGAAAUUAAAUACAAUUUGGUACAAUUUAUGGGCAA